AUGGCCUCCCAAUACCAUCCCUCGGAGUGGGAGGCGGCCGCUUACUACCACGGUGUCUCUGUCGACCCUCCUGAGCUCCUCUACCGCUCAAAUUACCUCGACAAUCCCUUCCCCCGUCCCACGGGCCGGUUUCAGCACCGCCCUAUCAAGACCGUCCACGGAGUCUUCAACACGCCGCUCAACCCCGUCUGGCACGCUGUUGCCCCCAGGAUCCGGGACAUCUUGAAAGUGCGACAGAUCCGUUACUCUGCCAUUCACGCAGCUCGUUUCGUAACCCACGGCGAGGACGGGCAGGAGAGUCUCAGUCCAGUGGUCAUCUGGAUCGCGACUCAUCCCAACAGCACCACCGCCGAGGACGCGCACCUCGCUUCCCCAGACAUUCUCUCUCUUCUCGAGGCCAACGGAGUGCACGGCGCCGUGGUGGAGUGGUUCGAGGGAGCCGUGGAGAGACUGUCCGGUCCGGCCCUUCUGCGCGUCACCUCGGGCGUCGACCCCACACACUACGUCCGUCGGUUCCUGACGGCCGGGCUCGGUAUGCCCAUUGCUACCGCGGAGAGGGAGGUUGACGAUGCGCAGGGGAGCGUCGCAUUCUUCUUCCACGAGAACAAGGACAGGCACGGCAGGGAUAGCGCCAGGGUCCUCGCCGUGAGCAACUGCCAUGUCCUUCGCAAGAACACUACCGUCCCGUACCAGUUCGAGGGCGCUGGCGCACCUCCCCAGCACGUUCGACUUGCCGGCUCCCGUUGCUUCCAGCGUGGCCUCAAGAAGAUCGACACCGCCAUCGACGAACACAGAGACAAUGCCAACAUGCUGGCUCAAAACAUUGUGGACGAUACGGACGCGGCCCAGCGGGUGCGGUUGGCAGAGAAGGACACCGCCGCUCUUGAGGAUUUCAAAGAGGACGUAAACGCUCAGUGGGGCGAUAUCACGCGUCGAAACAUCGGCCACGUUGAUUGGGCUCCCGAGAUCUCCGUCGACGUUGGCGGUAGCGGCUACACCAACUUGAAGGACAUUGGCACAUUCGAGGUCGAUCCGGAGAGGUUCAGGGCCCAGUUCAGGGGCAAUGUAGUCGACCUAGGUGCAAUUCUUCGGAGCCAACAACUCAACGCCAAGUUCUACCCUCAGAUUAACGGUAGGACCGCGUUCGAGUUCCCCUUCGAUCGCCAGCUCAGGAUCGACGGCUGGCUCACGCGCGAGCUGGCUAAUCCUGACACUUCCGACAGCAACAAUGAGGCCUGCAUCGUCGUCAUGAAAGAUGGUAACACCAGCGAUCUUACGGUGGGACGCUUCGCCGGCCUCGAGGCCUACACUUGUGACGAGCUCGGUGUCGAGUCCGUGGAACUCGCUGUUUACAAUUACGGCAAGCAGUCCGGGGACUUCUCCGCCCAGAGACACCGCUGCACCCGGGUAUGUAUGAGAUUCCUGGGCGACUCCGGCUCGCUCAUCUUCGACGGCAAGGGCAAGAUGGUUGGGAUACUCCAUUCUGGGCUGGCGACUCGGAAAGGCGAAAGUCACCACGUCACCUACGCAACCCCUGCGUGGUGGGCCAUCGAGCAGCUCAAAGCCCAGUAUCCGCACGCCGAGUUCAGCCGCGAUCGCUUCUAA